UACCUUAUACCCAUUGCCUACCCUAUCCCACUUUACUAGUGACUCUGUAACCACCGGUCUCGACGGGAACCGGCAAACACCACCACGAGACAACCAACUACGUUGGAGUGAGAUUCUACGGGUCUUGCUGUAUUCACCUACAGCUACGACGUCCGUACAGUCGCGCCCAAGACACGGUGAUGUCGAUGCUAACGAGCGAUAGCUAACAGCGUCUUUCGGGAAUACCGUACGCCUGGAUUUUUCAUUAAAAAAUACCGCAGUGUGUCAGCAACAAAAUACCACGUUUUCCCUAUUUUUCGAGUGAAGUGAAAGAAAAUUUAUUUAUUUUUUUUGGAUAAUUGUGCCACUCAUCUGUGGGAUGAAUUUCAUUAUGGGACAUGCGUGAUUUUCACCGCAAUUAACGACAAAAUGAGUCAAAUGUUGCAGAAGUGCUUGCUCCUAGCUGUAAUAAUCAAUCUGUCCUCGGCGACCUCUCCCUGUCCAUGGGCAAGCCAGGUCACUGAGCUGGAUAGCUCCUGCAUCUGCGAUUAUAAUUUAGCUCGAGAGCUCUCAGUGCAGUGUGACAUCGUUGACUUCAAUCAACUGCUCACAGCAAUCCGACGUUAUGCUGCCAAGACAACCGUCGAUUUGUUUUACAUAAAUAACAGUACAAUUGGAAUUCUCAAAAAUAGCUCUCUGUCUAGUAUUCGAAUAAACAAUAUGCAAUUAUCCGGUUGUAAGAUAAAAACAAUCGAGGAGGAUGCCUUCAAGGGUCAAGAGAAUUCCAUGAGAACUCUCAAUCUUAAAGACAAUGAGCUGACGGAGAUACCGACGACAACACUCAAAUAUCUUCGAAAUCUAACGGUUCUAGAUAUUUCAUUGAACAACAUUACGAGAGUCGAGAAUGAUGCCUUUCAAAAUCUCAAACUUGUGACCCUCAAAAUUGCUGACAACGACAUUACCCUGGCACCUGGGGCAUUCAGAGGCCUGGAAAAAUCACUGAAGAACCUGAACUUGAAGGGCACACGUCAGAAGUUAGUGCCAGAGGCUUUGAGAGGCUUAAAAACCCUGGCUUUCCUCGAUCUCUCGCAGAAUGGCAUCAAAGAACUCCCCGGAGUGGUCGGUAAAAAGGCCUUUGAGGGCCUGAAUUCCCUCACUGGACUCAAUUUGGAGAGGAAUUUAAUUCAGAAUAUCGACGCCGAUGCUUUCUAUGGUAUUAAAGACACGUUGAGCUCCCUCAGUCUUCUGAAUAAUCUCAUUCCUGAUUUUCCUACUGGUGCUAUCAGCAGUAUUCACGAUCUCAGGGUACUUGACAUUGGUUUCAAUCUCAUCACAGAGCUGCCUGUGAAUGCAUUCCACAAUAAUCCCUCCAUAACUCUCCUAGCAAUCGAUGGAAAUCCCCUGUCGACAGUACCCGAAGAAGCCCUAGCAACUCUCAACGGAACACUCCGUGGAUUAAGUCUGGGUGGACGAUUUUUAGUCUGUGAUUGUAAACUCCGUUGGAUCGCCAAUUGGAUAAGAACCAAGGAUUUACAAGUCACGAGUCGUGAAAGAAAACCCCAAUUCUGUGGGAGUCCCCUGAGGUUGCAAGAGAGAAGCUUCUACAACAUUGAUCCUGAAGAAAUGGUUUGCGAGAGACCAUCGGAGAUAAUAGGCAUCGGUACAGUGGAGUCAGUAGAUACGAAAGAGCCGAUGGGACCGGUAACUGGAGUAGUCGAGGGUCUCCUACCCACAACUCGAUCACCACUACCACCGCCAACAACCCCAUCAACAACCAGUGAAACAACUCCAAAAGCAACCUACACAAAUGCCACGUACUCCACGUCAUUCACGAGUCCAAUAUCCACAACGGAAAUCAGACAAACAGAUACCCCCCUGACAUCUCCAAGAACAGUGAGCACAUCGACUCGUUCAACAGCCGCCAGAACCGGAAAUGUCGUUAUUGUGAAGACGACUCAGGCCCCAGCGCGGAUUCCUCAGGCUGGAGAACACAAUACAAUGCACCAGCCGAAGCCGCCGAUGGUGUUUGCAUCGUCGGACCAGAGGCCCCUGUACAAGUCGAGGAACACCGACAAGAUUAUUCUGAAGGACGUCAUCAGGCAGGAUAACACAGUGAUCAUCACCUGGGACAGCCAGUCCCCAAAGGCCAUCGAGUUCAGAGUUGUCUACCGAGUAUUCGGUGACAAUGAGUUCAAACAAGCACCACCACUCGAUGCCAGUGAACGAGAGUUCAAAAUAAAGAAUGUACCUGAUAAUGAGUGCCUUAUUGUCUGUGUCUUAUCCCUCGAGGAUUCCAACGUGACUCCAGCUAAUGUCCCUUAUAAUCAGUGCCGAGAGGUUCGCACAGAGCCAUCACCGACCUCCAACAUGGAUAAAAUAACGAUAGCAGCGAGUGCAGCUAUCUGUGCAACCAUCGUAAUGGCUGUAAUUAUAUUUGUGGUGGCUAAUCGACGACGAGCCCGACAAUUGCACACAAUUCACAGCCUCGAUCAGGCUAAAAGUGGUGGACCAAUAGCAGGACUUCCAGUAAACUGUUGCUCCAAUGUCGGACCAACACCAAGUCCAGCUGGCCCUCUGGCAUCAAUGGCAACUCUAAGUGCCUACAAUGCCCAGAAAGAGUGGGACCAGGUGUCAGCCUACAGCAAUCGUAGUAUUCCCCGGCCCCGAAUAUUCCCCAUCGAUCGACAAGGUUUCAUUCAAAAUUCAUUCACAGGCUCCAUUACCCGGGCCUCGUGCAUUGACGAUGUGAGAUCUCAGGCCAGCCAUUAUGGCGGUAAAAUAUCAACGCGUUCAAUCGCCGAUGGACAGUCACAGCACAGCUUUUCCAACAAUUCGUCACGCUACUUUGCAAACACUGCACUUGCUAAUAAUCUCGUCAAUACACGGCCAGAAUUACGUCAGUCGCGGCAAUCAUUGGCGGCCGCUUCAGAUAGAAUGUCACGUAAUGGAUACCCAGGAAAUCAUUUACCACCCCAUGCAUCGGCACGACGUCAACGUCCAAGAUCGCGAAAUCGUACACUCGAACAAAAUCCACCGCCCCGUCCUGGCAGCAGAUACAGCUUAGCUGAUUCAACUCACACACUCAACAAUUAUGAGGAAAAUAAUUGGACGGAUCAUGACAUGGACAUCUACAUGUCACGAAAUCCAACGACAAGAAGUGGUCUUGUACCACUUUAGAAAGUUAACCAAUUUUUUUUUUAAUAUUAUUUUUUGCGCAUUGCUCAAGAGUGUUCAUUAGCGGAAAAGAAAAAAAUAUUAAAAUGAGGAGGCGAGAGUAGUUGUUAGGAUGUACUAUACAGGACACUUUUGACUACCGAGUCAAUGUUGGGAAGUUUAGAAUGUUAAAAAUUAGGCUAGGACUGUUAGAAUGUGAAUUUAUAGAGUUAUUCAAUGUGGAGGAUCUCGACGAAUGAUUUCUGGUGCUUGAAAAUUCUAUAAUUAAUUGUAGAGUUAUCUGACUCGUGUCUAAUGAAUUAAUUUUUUAUACUCGGAGAUAAGACUCGAAUUAUCGAUAAUUGGUGAGUGGACACAGAUAUUUAGUGAAUUUUUUCAUUGACAAUAAGCUAAUAGCAAGGCCACUCUACCCUAAUCCCUCCAACAUGACAAGAUUAUUGUUAAAUACUCGUCAAAUGUUUAAUCAGUGACAUGUGGCUCUUCCAAAGACUGUAGUACUCCUGAGUUAAUAGGAUUUCUGCAUAAGCUCUUCAUUUAUACUAAUUAUAACUGUUUUUUUAAUAAAAACCGAUUAGAGAGUGGACGUGAAUUUUAACGAGAGAACAUAAUGAAUGCUUGUAACGUUAUUAAUCCCAGUAUUUGUAAAUCGCGUAUUGUUGAAUCAAAUAUAGACGUGCAUUAUUCGUAA